AUGACUGUAAACAAUCAUGACGGUCGUCUCCCAAGAUCGAACAACUGUGACCGUGGAAGAAAUUUAGAACCGCGCAACCUUGUUCACCACGAACUACCCGACACUCUUCCUUACCACACCCCUAAUCGUCUCGCUCGCUCUCCCAAAUAUAGCGCCAUGUUUCCUUCCUCCGUCGGAGUGCCCAUCGCCACGCCGAGCGGUCUAGUGGGUGAUUAUCGCCACACGCAGGCGACAGCCCUCUACUCGCCGAUGGCCACCGCUGUGGCACUGAACGAGUCGGCGUAUCGGUCAAUUCUUAGAGCCAUAGCUGCAAUCAUUGCCAACGCCAAACCGAACUCCGCCGUUGCCGUGUCGUUCGAUCCCUCCGACGCCACCCCUACGUUUGUUUUCGCUCGUUCGGGAGGCGCCUUCGACAGCGACUUGCAUAUCGCCAAAGACUUCCUUCUAGCAGCAGCAAACGCAUCGACCGUCUCCGACAUCUGGUCCUUCAUUGUAAACGCGGCGCCGGGAUACAUCCUGCACAUUUGCAGUGAGAUACAUGCGGCGACUAAACUUCUCCUAGCUCUUAACAGAGAUGCCCCCGGCCAUGAAAACUACAAGGCAGCAGAGAACGAUAUGACUAUCCUUGCGCUUCGCGCGGAGCUUGCCAGAAUGGACAUAGAGGAAAACGGUGACCACAAGGUUCGCAGCCCAGGAUGGAACCCCGUCUCAAAAUGCACAAAAUUGGUGGACAUCGCCAAUCAAUUGCACCACACCUUCUGCACGCUCUCGCUAUCCCCUUAUGAUCCGCCAUAUCUUCGUUCUCUCCGAGAUGUGACGGCGCGCCUUGUCGAUUUUGGGUGUGCCCUAGAUGCCAUGGUCCAAUGGCGCGCCGGUCUCUUCGUCCGGGUCCGCGGACUACACACGAACGACGUCCCUCAUUUCUGGGCAUGCCUGUCCUUGUCUCGUGUUGGUACUGACGUCGUGAACGUUCCGGUAGAGGACCUGUCUAUCCGGCUCUACAGCAUCUAUUCCACUCUAGAACUCGUACCCAAGACGGCACGUACACAUGCCGAGCUGCAGAUUCUCAUCUGGAUCGCGACGUUCAAGCCGCAGAAAAUAGAAAACGGGUCUUGGUACAUGGAGUCUAGCGAGACGACAUUCGUUGGACCGACGUCCGCGCCCAAUCAAGGGAACCGUGUCACCACCUCCAGCACCGUCGGGGGAGGGCUGCCGUCGGUCGUAUCCUAUGCUCAGGGUUGCAUGGAACAGCCGUCAGAGGUCACGAUACACCACCCGCAACCCCGCCGCCCAGUCGCCCCUACCCUCCCGAUACCCUACUCCGGGGUGCAUCCGAGCAGCCACUCCACUGCCCGUCACAGUGGCCACGAAUAUGUUGCACCUGGUGGCUAUGGUCCGGAUCUUUCAGGAUAA